GCGCCACAGAGGGACAAACUAAAACUCAGCGCGUUGCUCACCUUUAGCUGCCAUCCUGUAGCUAAACAUGACAUCGUUUAUCAUCAAGCCUGCGCCCCUACGUUGUUUUGUGCGUUCAUGCAGGUUUAUAAGUGAGCAUCGGACAAAGACGCCAGUGUGUUCAGUCAGAAGUUAUGUCACUGAAAGAGGAAACAUGCCCAAAAUCUACACCAAAACUGGAGAUAAAGGUUUCUCAAGCACAUUUACAGGAGAAAGGAGGCCGAAGGAGGAUCACAUUUUUGAAGCCUUAGGAAACACAGACGAACUGUCAUCCUCUAUAGGAUUGGCCAGAGAAUUCUGCCUCGACAAAGGCCACACGUUCACACAUCAGCUGGACAAGAUACAGUGCAUUUUACAAGAUGUGGGCUCCAAUAUUGCUACUCCCAGAUCAUCUGCAAGAGAAAGCCAUAGAACAAGAACUAAAUUUACUGCAAAGCCAAUUGAAGAACUGGAAACCUGGAUUGAUAACUUUACUGAAGAACUCCCUCCUCUGACCAACUUCAUUUUACCAUCGGGUGGGAAGAGUAGCGCAGCUUUACACUUAGCUCGGACAAUCUGUCGGAGAGCAGAACGCAGUGUUGCUCCCAUUGUGCGCUCAGGGGAGGCGGAUCCAGAUGUUGCCAAGUUCUUGAACAGACUGAGCGACUACCUGUUCACCGUAGCGAGAUAUGCAGCAAUGAAAGAAGGCAACGAGGAGACAAUCUACAAGAGACCUGAAUGACGAUGCAGCACAAGCUUAAUUCUUGGAUGAGAUAUUUAAGUCAUAUUGUAAAUGCAUUAAAACAAGUGAAUGAGGUUCACAUGAUCACAUUUUUUCCACAUGAUCAUAGGGUUAUAAUAAAUCAAGUGUACUUCUCCAAA